AUGGAUUCUGGUCGUGCUAAUGGCUCCGAGGUGGUGACACAGUUGUCUCCUACGGUAGUCGACGACUCUAAGCAAUUCCAGAAUCUGGAGCGACAAGUGACCUCGGAGGAUGGAUAUCCCUCUCCAACUGCAGAGGAACGCGAUACGCUUCGCAAGGUUGCGGGCUCCUUGCCCUUGGUCUCGUUCACGCUAUGUCUAGUGGAGUUUGCUGAGCGCGCAUCUUACUACGGCGCGAAAACCGUCUUCAGCAAUUUCAUCCAAUUCCCACUCCCUAAAGGUGGCAAUGGAGCAGGUUCCCCUCCAAGAGGCACCCAGAAAACGGCCGGCGCCCUGGGAAUGGGACUCCAAGCGUCAUCCGGACUGACACUGCUGUUCAUCUUCCUUUCAUACGUGAUCCCGAUUCUUGGUGGCUGGUGGGCUGACGUCCAUGUUGGGCGAUAUAAGGCGAUCUGUGUCGGUAUCUUGAUCUGCGGAGUUGCCCAUAUUAUCCAAAUCUUCGGCGCUAUCCCCUCGGUUCUCCAAAAGGGCACAGCUCAUUCGGCUCCACCGUUUAUCAUCGGCCUGUUGCUUCUCUCCCUUGGUGCCGGCAUAUUCAAGCCAAAUGUUGCGCCUCUUGUCCUUGAUCAAAAUCCCCACCAAAAGGCCUAUACUAAGUCACUCAAGUCGGGAGAGAAGGUCAUCGUGGACCCUGAAGCUACGACAAACAGAAUUAUGCUGAUCUUCUAUGGGUUCGUCAAUGUCGGUGCUUUCUUCAUGCUUGCGACUACCUAUUCCGAGAAGUAUGUGGGCUUCUGGCUCUCCUUUUUGCUGGCAGGUCUUAUAUACCUUUUGCUCCCUAUUCUUCUUCUGGUCAUGUAUAAGAGGACGUACAAAAGGCCACCAGCUGGGAGCUCCGAGGUCUCACAGGCGUUCAGAAUCAUCGGGACUGCUCUCCGUCAGAGUAACUUUCAGUUCUGGCGCAAGGACUUGUGGGAUAGGGUAACACCCAGCAGCCUCCGGGAGAAGGGCAUCAUCGUGAACUGGACCGAUAAAGCCGUCAAGGAUGUUUCAAGAACAGUUGCUGCCUGUGAUAUCUUCUGGUUCUACCCAAUUUGGUAUCUCAAUGAUGGGGGCAUCGGAUCUGUAUCGACAAACCAAGGCGCUUCGAUGGUGACCAAUGGCGCACCCAACGAUAUUCUCAGCAAUUUCAACGCAUUGACAAUCAUCUUCGUUGUUCCAGUUCUUACCUUCGUCUUCUAUCCCACUCUCCGUCGCUACAAGAUAAACUUUGGCCCAAUCAGCCGCAUCACAUUUGGCUUUUCCCUAGCAACCAUCUCUGGUAUCGCGGGUGCUCUGGUCCAGUGGCGAGUUUACGCGCUCUCUCCUUGCGGUAACCAGGCAUCAACUUGUGACCAAGUCGCCCAAAUCAGCAUUUGGUGGCAGCUUCCGAAUACGAUUCUAGGUGCUUUGAGUGAGUGUUUCUGCAACGUGACUGCCUAUGAGCUUGCUUAUGCACGGUCCCCGCAUGGAAUGAAGGGCCUGGUGGUGGCAUUCUUCCUCUUCAUGAAUGCUUUGUCCAGUGCAAUUGGUGAAAUUUUGCUUCCGGCAACUGCUGACCCGUGGCUGGUCUGGAUCUGGGGAGCACCGGCUGUAGCGCUUGCGUUGCAGACCAUUGUGUUCUGGUUCCGAUUCAGACACCUCAAUAACGAAGUGUGGCCAGAAGAGGAAGAAAACGAGCCUACUGCUGUGGUCCAGAGAGAGGACAAGGCUUGA